AUGACAGGAGAAUUGAUUUUCAUCACGGGCGCAACCGGUUUUAUCGGGGCUACAACUGCUCUCACUGCCCUGAAAGCAGGUUACCGACUCCGGAUAUCCGUUCGAAAGCCAUCAGCAAAGCUCCAAGCCUUGUUGUCUGAGUAUAGUCAGCAGGUUGAAUAUGUGACUGUACCCGAUCUGACGGACGAAACGGCUUUUCAUGGAAAGCUGAACGGAGUUGACUACAUUCUGCACCUUGCCUCCCCUCUCCCGCAAGGAACAGACAAGAACGAUUACUUCAUUCCGGCUAUCAAAGGAACGACGGCCUUGCUGAAGGAGGCUGAGCGGGUCGCCAGCAUCAAGAAAGUGGUGGUUACGUCUUCCAUGGCUGCUUUUAUUCCGUUUACUGGACUUCCUGAAGGUGGCACUGUGAAAGAGGACAACGACUGGGAUUUCAGCGUCGAUGAAGAUUCAAACUUCGAGGACCCCCAAAACCCAGAGAGCACGGCUUUCAGGCUCUACCACGCAUCAAAGCUACUAGCCAAUAACGCGGCCUGGAGCUUCUGGCAGACCGCGAAGCCGCACUACUCGCUGGUCUCGAUUCACCCAGCCUAUGUGUUCGGAAAGAACCUAGUACAGACAUCUGCGGAAGAGGGGAUCGGAUCCAAUGGUGUUCUUUGGAAGCCCGUUAUGACUGGCAUCCUUGGUAGCCCGGCAUCCGGAGUGCAUAUCGAGGAUGUCGCUGAAGCGCACGUCAAAGCCCUUAGUCCGAAUAUUCCUAAUGGCGCAAAAUACCUGCUGGCUGGCAAACGGACAACCUGGAAAGAGGUUGCACAAAUUGUGCACAGGGACUAUCCUAAUGUCGGCGCAAAAAUUAGUGUCGAGACGGAAGUGGGAUCUUUCCCAUUAGACACCAGCAAAGCGGAGCAAGAACUUGGGAUGAAAUGGCGCUCUUGGGAGCAGAUGAUUCAUGAAGUGAUGGAUCAGCAGCUCGGGCUGAUCAAUAAACCGACCGCAUGA